AUGGAAUCGGCCGAUGGUGAUUUGAUUGAGAUCACAAACGAUGAAAAAUCGGAUUGUGAGCUGCCUAAAAGCGAUGUCGAAGUUACCGAGCCGUGUGUUAUUGACGCGGAAGAGGACGAGAUUCGGGAAGUCGAAAGCUUUGUCGAGUGUGAUAUCGUUUAUGAUUUCUCCAGAAUACCCGUGCAGAUAACGGGUGCCUGGAAGGAAUUUGAGGGAUCAAAAAGAAAUAACUUUACGAAAGGAUGCAAGUGGGCCCCAGAUGGCUCUUGUAUCAUGACUUGCAGCGACGACAACUGUCUGCGAAUCUUCAAUUUACCCCACCAGAUAUGGGAUGUGUCCCAGUGGUCCGACAUACAGGAAAUGGAGGCUGUGGUCAAAGUUUCAGAGGGAGAACUCAUCUACGAUUAUUGUUGGUAUCCUCGAAUGAAUUCCGCGGAUCCUUGUACAUCUUGUUUCAUCAGUUCCUCCAGAGGGAGCACCGUACAUCUGCGAGAUGGCUUCACGGGCGAGUUGAGAUGCAGCUACAGGACUUAUAACCACCUGGAUGAAAUUGUUGCUCCUCACAGCGUCUGUUUCGAUUCCUUCGGAGAACGUGUUUUCUGCGGUUUCGAGAAAUAUGUCCGCGUUUUCAGUGUCGAUUCUCCGGGAAGGGACUGCGAAGAAAGGAGAAUCUACGCGAAAGGGGACGGACAGCCAGGAAUCGUGUCCUGCUUUGCAUUCACCCCCAUGAACCCUCACAUUUCUGUUGCCGGAUCUUAUCAAAAAUCGAUUGGAAUCUACUCUGAACCUUCGGGAAAUUUGGAGCACCUCAUGGAAGGCCAGAAGGGGGGAGUGACACAAGUACAGUUCUCCCCAGAUGGAACACUGCUCUAUAGUGGUGGUAGGAAGGACCCUGAAAUUCUCUGUUGGGACUUGAGGAACUUGGGCACGAUUCUGUAUUCUCUGAGGCGUUGCUGCCUGACCAAUCAGCGAAUGCAAUUCGACGUCAGCAGAUGUGGUAAAUACGUCGUUUCGGGCAACCACAACGGAAUCGUCAGCAUCUGGGACGUCACGAAAGAGCCCCAAGCUGUGGAUGUCAGCGCCUUUGACGUCAUCGAGCCCAUUCAGUUCUACAUGGCUCACGACGAUUGCGUCAACGGAAUCAGCCUCCACCCCUCCCUGCCCCUGAUGUGUUCGUCCUCCGGCCAGAGGCAGGUGGCGCCACUGAUGGGGGAUGAAGAAGAGGGGGUGUUUGCCCCCAAAGUGGAAAAGAAGGACAACUCCCUCAGGCUGUGGUGGGUCGGAAAAUGGAGCUGA